AUGUCUGGGGCUAAAAGUUUUCGACAUAAAGCGAAUGCUUUUAGUAAAUCUGUCUGGGAUCCACAUAUAACUGUAAUCUAUCUCGGAUCUGAUACCAUCUUGACGUCAACAAGACAAAUUUGUUUUAACGGUUCAGGAUCAUCUUUCCAGACUAGAGUGCGAUCUCGUAAAAGUGCAGAAGAAAUUAAUGGAUUUUUAUAA